AUGUACCCGGAACCCAUCGUUUUUACUGGCGAUGCUGCUUUUCCCUCCCCUUCCUCCUUGAGAAGAGAGCAAGCAGGGCGGUGAGAGAGAGAGAGAGAGAGAGAGAGAGAGAGGCGACGAGCUCGUCGAAGGGGAACUCCGUCUCAUUCUCCGAAUCCUCUUCGAGGUCGUUUAGCUCCCAGGUUUCUAUCGAUUGCAACAGUAUGGCUUCUCAAGGUGGCAAAGUUGAAGGAGAUGGCAUAUUUUCUUCUCAGAAAAUAGCAGAUAGUGCAUGCUGUACAAAAUCUGAGAUGAGUUUUCAAAUACGCUCCCCAAUGUCUAGGCCUGCUUAUGGUACUGAUGGACAAGUAAUCCAGCUGCUUGCAAACCAUUUCAAUGUUAAAUUUACUCGGCAUGAUGCAGUUUUCUAUAAUUACUCUAUCACUAUAAAAUCCAACGAUAAGAUUGAUGAAACUAUUGCAACCAGUAAAAGCUUAGGAAGAAAGAUCUUGGACAAGCUAUACCAGACUUAUAGUUCUGAACUUAAUGGCAAGGAAUUUGUUUAUGAUGGUGCAAAGAGCUUAUUCACUGUUGGCCCUCUACCACAGAACAAUUUUGAAUUUACAGUUGUUCUUGAUGAUUCAUCAUCCAGAUCUGCUAGUGGAAACCCAGGAAAAGGGAGCCCGACUGAAGGCGACCAGAAACGAUUAAAGUAUUCAUAUCUUACAAGGACAUAUAAAGUUGAAAUAAAGUUUGCAACGAUGAUUCCGCUUGAAACUAUUGCACAUGCGUUAAAAGGCAUCGACUCAGAGCACACUCAUGAUGCUCUUCGAGUACUUGACAUCAUUUUAAGGCAACAACAUGCAAAAAGGGGUUGCCUCCUUAUCAAGCAGUCUUUUUUUGAUGGUAACCAUGCAAACUUUGUAGAUUUAGGUGGUGGAGUUACUGGUUGCCGUGGAAUACACACCAGCUUCCGCACCACGGGAGCUGGUCUAUCAUUGAACAUUGAUGUUUCUACCACUUUGAUUAUGAGCCCUGGUCCUGUCUUGAACUUUUUGCUGUCUAAUCAAAAUGUUCAGAAUCCUCUUCAAAUUGACUGGGUCAAGGCCAAAAGGAUGCUGAAAAACAUUAGAAUUAAAACUGAACACAACAAGAAGGAAUUCAAGAUAACUGGGAUAAGUGAAUUGCCUUGCAACCAGCAGUCAUUUAACAUGAAAGUAACAAACAAUGAUGGCGAAUCUCAGAUGGUUGAGAUCACAGUGUAUGAUUAUUUUCGAGAGAGCCAUAAUAUUGAGUUAACAUGGUCAGCCUAUGCACCAUGCCUUGAUGUGGGCAAACCAACACGGCCUAAUUAUCUACCAGUUGAGCUUUGCCACCUAAUUCCUUUACAAUGCUAUACCAAGGCAUUGUCUUCUCAACAAAGGGCUUCACUAGUUGAAAAGUCCAGGCAGAAACCACAUGAAAGAAUCAGUGUGGUGACAAAUAUUCUAAAGAAAAAUCAGUAUGAUGAGGAUCCAAUUCUUAGAGCUUGUGGUUUUUACAUAGAUAAGCAACUGACAAAGUUGGAUGGUCGUGUUCUUCAUGCACCAAAGCUGAAGAUUGGUAAUGAGGAAGAACUUGUGCCUCAAAAUGGACGUUGGAACUUUAACCGAAAGAGACUAUUGAGACCUGUCAAAAUAGGUCAAAAGGACCAGUAUUGGGCUAUUGUCAAUUUUUCUGCUCGUUGUGAUUUGAGUUACCUAUCAAGGGAGCUUCUUAGCUGUGCAAGAAACAAAGGAAUUCAUAUGGAGCGGCCAUACACCAUUAUUGAAGAGGAUCGACAAUGGUUGAAAUUGAGUCCUGUUGUAAGAGUGGAACGGAUGUUUGAGAAGAUGAUGCCACAUAUUCCAGAGAAACCAAAAUUUCUUCUUUGUGUCUUGCCUGAGAAAAAAAAUUCUGAAAUAUAUGGACCAUGGAAGAAGAAGAAUCUUGUAGAAAUGGGUAUUGUUACUCAAUGCAUCUCUCCUACCAAGAUCAAUGAUCAGUAUCUAACAAAUGUCCUCCUUAAAAUAAAUACUAAGCUUGGUGGCAUCAAUUCUCUACUCGCUAUCGAGUAUCCAAGCAUACUCAACAAGGAUGUUAUGAUGAUUUUCGGAAUGGAUGUUUCUCACGGUUCUCGUCAUUCUGAUUUGCCAUCAGUUGCAGCAGUAGUUGGUUCUAGACAGUGGCCUUUGGUAUCAAGAUACAGAGCAUCUGUGACAACGCAAUCUAGUAAAUUGGAAAUGAUUGAUUCUUUAUUUAAGCUUGGAGCAGAUGGAAAAGAUGAGGGAAUGAUCAGAGAGCUGUUGAUUGACUUCUACAACUCUACUAAUGGCAUGAAACCUACUCAAAUCGUCAUUUUCAGGGAUGGUGUUGGCGAGUCCCAAUUUAAUCAAGUUCUGAAUGUGGAGCUACCUCAAUUCCUCAAGGCAUUCGAGCAUCUCGGUGAACCUACACCUCCUAAGUUCACUCUCAUUGUGGCACAGAAAAACCAUCAUACUAAGCUUUUUCUUGCUAAUGGCUCCGAGAAUGUCCCGCCUGGAACAGUUGUUGACACCAUGGUGGUUCACCCAAGGAACUACGACUUCUAUAUGUGCCCUCAGGCUGGAAUGAUUGGAACGUCAAGGCCCGUCCAUUACAAUGUAUUGCUUGACGAGAUUGGGUUCUCCCCUGACGAUCUACAGAAAUUCGUUCAUUCACUUUCUUAUGUCUACCAGAGGAGCACCAGUGCAGUAUCGAUGGUGGCUCCUGUUUGCUAUGCACAUUUGGCGGCUUCGCAAAUGUCACAGUUUAUCAAGUUAGAUGCUGCAGAAGAACCUUCCUCUGAGGCAUCAGCUGGAGAAAGAAUGACAUUUCCGCAGCUCCCAAGACUGCAUGAGAACGUCCGCCACACUAUGUUCUUUUGCUGAAGAGUUAAACCACCUCAUUCUCUACCUCUGUUCAUUUUCUUUUGCUAACAGGUUUGAUGCUUAACGCAUAUAUAUUUAUCGUAAACAAAGAAAUUUCAGUUCAAAUAUAAUUUUUUGUCAGAGGUGUAAAUAACAAAUCCUGGAAUUGAGAGAAAUAUUGAUAGAGAGAAAAAUUGAGCCGAGAUAACCAACUCAGUUAUGGUUUGGAAGUGUAUUUAUUUAUUGUUUGUGAUGGGCUAGGAAGAGUAGUUUUGACAUAAUUGUAAAAUUAUUACCGCGUGAUUUGAAGGCCACAGGAUUUGAGUCCUUGAA